AGGGACAUUCACAAGCACGAAAUCAACUGUCUCCGAGAUCAAACAGAGAUUCUUGGAGAUUCUCAUGUCCUCGAACGAUACUUCUUGGCAUCAAAGAUGCAGACGCAGCCGAAGCGGUGGAAUGCAUUGACUGCACGUGGUUAUCGCCUUCAUGUUGGCCCUCUUGCCAAGUUCUUGUAUGAUGAGCUAUUCAAAUUUCUCAUCAGUCAACGUGGAUAUGCCAAAGAGACAAAAGUUGCUUAUGAAUCCAUCAGAGAUUUCAUGCAACGAGGAAUGAUAAUUGAUUACAAGAGGGGGAACUUCUUCAAAGUAGGGACAAAAGGACAAAUUCUCAGAGCUACUCAUGGCUUUAAUUUGAUGACUAAUGAUGAACUUCAAAAUACAUAUGGUGACUCAUCCAAAUGGAUUGUCCUGGAAGAUUUUGUGAAGGAGUUUGAAGAUAAACACCAUACAGUCUUUGCUUUCACAGAUUACUUCGUUCUUCCUUCAGCCUUGGUAGCAGCCAGGAUCAUAGACUGGAUUGACACCACUGACAAAAAACCAAAACCAGAGGAAGGAUAUAAUAUUUGGAAAGACAUGUAUGAUGCGAUGCUCUCAAUCUACAAAGUUGGGGAUACUACACUAGAUGAUGGUGUCUUCUUUCAAGCCAUUGCUGAGAACCCAGAUGAUUUUUUGAUACCUUGCACAGAGGAAAUCAAAGACUGGAUUGUAGCUUUACGAAAAGCCAAGAAGACCACCUUUCUCAUUACUGACUCUCAUGAAGGCUUUAUAAACAAUGCUGCAGAAUUCAUACUUGGAAAGAACUGGAGGGACUACUUUGAUAUCAUUAUUUGUGAUGCCCAGAAACCAAAGUUUUUUUCCAAGACUCAGCCUUUCCAUGAUCACAUUAAUGGUACUUGCCAGUAUAUCAAUCAUCAGGAACUGGAGGCAGGAAAGUCAUACUCAGUUGGAAACUGGGGUGACCUGAAGAAGUUUCUCUCCGUGUUCUCAGGAAAAGAGGACCCCAAGUGUGUCUAUAUGGGAGAUAACAUUCCCCUGGAUGUCUUUGCUCCCCCAUUUUAUACUGACUGCAGCAGCAUUGCUGUCCUUGAGGAAAUGACAGCUGAAGCCCCUGAAGCAUUGUAUGAAUAUAAGAAUGACUUGGCAUCUCAGUUUUGGGGUUCAACAUUCUUCAAUAGUGUGAAGCAUGAUUUUGAAGAGCUCCCAUCUUGGAUCCAAACGAGGAAUCUGAAUCUUCUUGAGUAUCAGAGUAAAAGCCUCUUGGAGGAGCAUGGAAUAAAGAUCCAAAAGUUCAGAUUAGUUGAGAAUGUGGCACAGGCUGAAGAAGUUGCCCGCUCAUUCAAGCCAUCUGAAUAUGUGAUAAAAGCCCAGAUUCUGGCUGGAGGACGAGGCCUGGGUACCUUUGACAAUGGCUUCAAAGGAGGCGUGCAUCUGACCAAAAAGUUUAUUAAUGUUGCAUUGUUUGGUUUUCUACUCUGUUCCAGAGAGAAUGAAAUGAUACAGUAUGUUGAGCAAAUGGUUGGGCACCGGCUCAUCACCAAGCAGACUCCCAGGUCUGGACUUUUGGUCAGAAAAGUCAUGGUUGCAGAAUCUGUGGACAUCGUUCGAGAGACAUAUCUCUGUGUUCUACUAGAUCGAGACAGUGAUGGACCUGUCAUCGUUGCUUCACCUGAUGGAGGAGUCGACAUAGAGGAAGUUGCUUUGAAGACACCUGAUCGAAUCAAACACUUUAAAUUUGAUAUAUUUGAUGGCAUAUCAGACAAGAUGGCCCUGGAUGUUGCAGACUUUCUGGAAUUCAAAGGGUCUCUAAGAGAAGAGACAGCCAAACAGGUGCAGCAGUUUUGGGACAUGUUCAAGAAAGUGGAUGCAACCCAACUGGAGAUCAAUCCCUUGGUGGAAACAGCAGAUGGGCAAGUGAUUUCAGUAGAUGGGAAGAUCCAGUUUGAUGACAAUGCAGCCUUUCGACAACAGCAUAUCUUUGCCUCUCAAGACUUUUCUGAAUCCGAUCCAAGGGAGGUGGAAGCUGAGAAGCACAAGUUAAACUACAUUGGCAUGACAGGAAACAUAGGCUGCCUGGUCAAUGGUGCUGGUCUUGCUAUGGCCACAAUGGACUUAAUCAAACUACAUGGAGGAGAACCUGCCAAUUUCUUGGAUGUAGGUGGAGGAGUGCAGGAGAACCAAGUCUAUCAUGCCUUCAAGCUUAUCACGUCUGAUUGGAACGUGAAGGCUAUUCUUGUCAAUGUGUUUGGUGGGAUCGUGAACUGUGCAGUUAUUGCACGGGGGAUCAUGAAUGCCCUCAAGAGCAUUCAGAUGACUAUUCCUUUGGUUGUCAGACUUGAAGGGAACAAUGUGAAGGAGGCUAAGAGGAUUUUGGAAGAGUCAGGGGAAAACAUCAUUAUUGCUAAUGAUCUGGACGAGGCUGCCAGGAAGGUUGUCGCCACUCUAUCCUAAUAUGCCACGUAGUAGGUGCACUUUAUGUACUUCAUGUACGAGGCCAUUCCAGAGCUCUACUCGUGGCUGCUACAGGGAAGCCCAUCUUCAUGAUGUGUGAAACAAUCAUUCAAAUUUCUUUGGUAUUUACAUCUUUUGAUACAUACCUUGACAUGAUACAUAGUUUUCAUACCAUAUUGCUCUAAUUUUUGGUUUUGGUGGUCAGUUGGGUUUACCACAUUUUGAACUUUUAUGCUGCACUUUUCACUGGAGUGAAAUAUUUUCUUUUACUUGACCUGGGCACCCAGUACAGGAAGUACCCCGGCAUGUGUGUCAAAUGAGGAAAAUGUCUGACUCAAGUGAAAAACAGUGUAGCAUGCCAUGUCUGUUCAAAAUGAGCUAAUGCCAGUCCUAAAUGAGAGAAAGACAUUCUAUCAAUUGCUAGUAUGCUGAAACAGGAGUGAAUGAGCAGUUGACCUGCAUGGGCAGGCAUGCACAAGUCUCAUGGAAAUGCAGACAUUCAUUUCUGAGCUAGUUAUAUGUGUUUUGUUUUUGUUUAUUCCUAUAUGUGCCAAAAUGUUAUGGGUAAAAGCUACUGUGUGUGACUACUUAAUCACACAGGUGGCUGGUUUGCUGAGUUUUACCUCAGGUCCAUGCAGUAUAUGAGCAUUUGAAUCUGACUGAUAUUGGUUGUUAAGAGGAGAAAAUCUUUAAUUUUUUAUAUUGGACCCUUAUUGUUCAUAUCAGCAUUAGGAGAGAUGAUGUGAGCAUAUAUUUUGGAACUUGGUCAAAACUAAAAAAAUAAAUAAAACUUUCUAUCAUA